CACAAAGCCCAGCAUACAGACGGAAAGAAAGAAAGAAGGCAUCCCUUCACUCUUUUAAGCACUGCGCUGCGCAAUCACUCGCCUCUUUUACUUUCACUUUCACUUUCACUAACUCUUCUUCUUCUUCUUCUUCUUCGUAACUUCUUCUCCGUCGUUCACGCCUUCUUCGCUCACUGCUUCAUACAUCACUUUCUUUCUGCAAUCGCAGCCGCCACCACCACCAAUGCCUCCUCCACCUUUAGAGCAGCAGGAGCAGCAGCAGGAGGACGAAGAGAUGGAGGUUCCUAACUCUGAUAAUCCUGAAGGCCCUCUUCCCAUGGAAGUACAAGCAGAAAACGUUAGUACGGUUGAUGCACCUAUAGUGGAUGAUCCACAAUCUGGGAGGUUCACAUGGACAAUUGAUAAUUUUUCGAGGCUUAUGAGGAAAGUAUAUUCUGACUCUUUCCAAGUUGGAGGCUACAGAUGGCGGAUACUUGUCUUUCCGAAGGGGAACAAUGUUGAUCAUUUGUCUAUGUAUCUGGAUGUUGUAGAUUCAGUGUUGUUGCCUUAUGGAUGGAGUAGAUAUGCGCAGUUCAGCUUGACUGUUGUUAAUCAACUUCAUAAUAAAUUCUCAAUUAGAAAAGAAACAUCACACCAGUUCAAUGCACGUGAGAGUGAUUGGGGGUUCACCAAUUUCAUGCCGCUUUCUGAAUUGCUCGAUCCUAGUAGAGGCUAUGUUGUGAACGACACAUGUGUAGUUGAGGCUGAUGUUGCUGUACGUAAGGUUGUUGAUUACUGGUCUCACGACUCAAAAAAGGAAACUGGUUAUGUUGGAUUGAAAAACCAAGGAGCUACUUGUUACAUGAAUUCUCUCCUUCAGACAUUGUAUCACAUUCCAUAUUUUAGAAAGGCUGUGUACCAUAUGCCUACAACUGAGAAUGAUAUGCCAUCAGGGAGCAUUCCCCUAGCAUUACAGAGUUUAUUCUACAAACUGCAGUACAGUGAUAGUAGUGUAGCAACAAAAGAGUUAACUAAGUCAUUCGGAUGGGAUACGUAUGAUGCAUUCAUGCAGCAUGAUGUCCAAGAACUUAAUAGGGUUCUUUGUGAAAAGCUAGAAGACAAAAUGAAGGGAACUGUUGUGGAAGGCACUAUACAACAGUUGUUUGAAGGCCACCAUAUGAAUUAUAUCGAAUGCAUCAAUGUGGACUACAAAUCCACAAGAAAAGAAUCAUUUUAUGAUCUUCAGCUUGAUGUCAAAGGGUGUCGGGAUGUGUAUGACUCCUUUGACAAGUACGUCGAAGUGGAACGGCUUGAGGGUGAUAACAAGUAUCAUGCGGAGAAGUAUGGCUUACAGGAGGCAAGGAAGGGUGUGUUGUUCAUUGAUUUUCCACCUGUUCUUCAACUUCAAUUAAAACGAUUUGAAUAUGAUUUUAUGCGAGACACUAUGGUAAAGAUCAACGACCGUUAUGAGUUCCCCUUGCAACUAGAUCUUGAUAGGGACGAUGGAAAGUAUUUGUCUCCUGAAGCUGAUAGAAGAGUUCGCAACCUUUAUACACUUCACAGUGUUUUGGUUCACAGUGGUGGGGUUCAUGGCGGACACUACUAUGCUUACAUUAGGCCAACUCUAUCAGAUCAGUGGUUUAAAUUUGAUGAUGAGCGUGUUACGAAAGAGGAGGCUAAAAGGGCAUUGGAAGAACAAUAUGGUGGGGAAGAAGAAUUACCUCAUACCAACCCUGGCUUCAACAACUCCCCCUUUAAAUUUACGAAGUAUUCAAAUGCAUAUAUGCUUGUUUACAUACGCGAGAGUGACAAAGAUAAGAUCAUAUGCAAUGUGGAUGAGAAGGACAUUGCUGAACACCUUAGAGUGAGGUUAAAGAAAGAACAAGAAGAAAAAGAGCUGAAGAGGAAGGAGAAGGCAGAGGCUCAUUUGUAUACCAUUGUAAAGGUUGCACGUGAUGCUGAUCUGUUUGAACAGAUUGGAGAAGAUAUAUUCUUUGAUCUUGUGGAUCAUGAUAAAGUGAGAAGUUUCCGUAUUCAAAAACAAAUUCCCUUCAGCGUUUUUAAGGAGGAAGUUGCCAAAGAGUUGGGUGUAUCUGUCCAGUACCAACGGUUUUGGUUGUGGGCAAAACGCCAAAACCACACAUAUAGGCCAAAUAGACCUGUGACACCUCAAGAAGAAGCCCAAUCAGUUGGACAGUUAAGGGAAGUGUCCAAUAAGGCAAAUAGUGCAGAGCUGAAGUUAUUUUUGGAAGUGGAAACAGGACAGGAUUUCCGACCUAUCGCUCUUCCUGAGAAGUCAACAGAAGAUUUGCUGCUAUUCUUCAAACUUUAUGACCCAUCAAAUAAGGAAUUUCGGUAUAUAGGGAGGUUUUAUGUGUCGGCUAGUGGAAGGCCUAUGGAUAUAUUGACUAGACUAAAUGAAAUGGCAGGAUUUUCUCGUGAUGAGGAAAUUGAACUUUUUGAGGAAAUAAAAUUUGAACCUCAAGUCAUGUGUGAGCUAGUUGACAAGAAAUCUACAUUUCGUGCUAAUCAGCUUGAGGAUGGUGAUAUUAUUUGCUACCAGAAGACCCCCAAAGUUGGAAGUGCUGAGCAAUUUCGUUAUCCAGAUGUUCCUUCAUUCCUGGAAUAUGUGCAUAACCGUCAGGUUGUACGCUUCCGGUCUUUGGAGAGACCAAAAGAGGAUGAGUUCAGUCUUGAAUUGUCAAAGCUGCAUACAUAUGACGAUGUUGUUACAAGAGUUGCUCAACAUCUUGGUUUGGAUGAUCCUUCUAAAAUCAGACUGACGUCUCAUAACUGCUAUUCUCAGCAACCUAAACCACAGCCAAUCAAGUAUCGGGGAGUAGAAAAUUUGUCUGACAUGCUGGUUCACUACAAUCAGACUUCCGAUAUUUUAUAUUAUGAAGUGUUGGAUAUCCCUCUGCCAGAAUUGCAAGGUCUAAAAACACUCAAAAUUGCUUUCCAUCAUGCUACCAAGGAUGAAGUGUUAAUUCAUACUAUUAGAUUACCAAAGCAAUGUGACGUGGAAGAUGUAAUUAAUGAUCUUAAAUCAAAGGUGGAUUUAUCUCAUCCUAAUGCAGAACUUAGACUGCUCGAAGUUUUCUAUCACAAGAUAUAUAAGAUUUUCUCUCCCAGUGAAAAGAUUGAGAAUAUUAAUGACCAAUAUUGGACACUAAGAGCAGAGGAGAUUCCUGAAGAAGAGAAAAAUCUUGGCCCUAAUGAUCGGUUGAUCCAUGUUUAUCAUUUCAUGAAAGAUACGACACAAAAUCAGCAAGUUCAGAAUUUUGGAGACCCUUUUUUCUUGGUUGUACAUGAGGGUGAGACUUUAGCUGAUGUCAAAUUGCGGAUACAGAAAAAGUUGCAAGUUCCAGAUGAAGAGUUUUCGAAGUGGAAGUUUGCAUUUCUGUCACUCGGUCGUCCUGAAUACCUACAAGAUUCAGAUGUUGUUUCCUCUCGGUUUCAGAGAAGGGAUAUCUAUGGCGCUUGGGAGCAAUAUCUUGGACUGGAACACACGGACAAUGCUCCAAAAAAGUCCUAUGCUGUCAACCAGUUCUCAAUUUUGCAGAAUCGGCACGCAUUCGAGAAGCCGGUAAAAAUCUACAACUGAGGAUAUGUAUCAUCUGAGCCAGUCAAUAUAAUAAUACAUUCAGCCAAUGGCACUCUGCAGCUUUCAGGGGGUGGCAAAAGAAAUGUGUAGAGGAUAGAGAUGCUGUCUAUGAAUCUUAUGUUGGAAAUCAUUACAUUAUUAUAGCUUAGGAGAUAGGUGUAUAGCCUUAAACAGUUGCUUACUGGUUAUUGAAACUCAUUCCCUUAGGCUCUCAUCUGUUGGUGAUUCCUUUGUAUUUUAGUACAUAAGAUUUUGGGUUUGGUUUUGUAUAGAAGUUAUAGGGAUUACUCAAAUGUCUUCCAUGUCUGCUUCUAUUCUGGCUCUCUUUUGUUUGCUUUCGUUGGAGAGCUAGAAGAUCAGGAUUUUGUAUAUGCUUUUGCAGGGUCUUCCAUGUAAUUUUAUUUCAUGGCUGGUUUUAAUUUUAAAUAGAAGCAUAUUAUUGAUUUCACUUUAA